AUGGAUUUACGUAAACCAAAGGUACCAAAAGUAGAAAAAGAUAGCAGCGAAGUGAUGCCAGGUGCGUUAAAUGAUGGUAUGGGUUAUAACAUGGCAAUAGUAGCCACUGAACAUUUAAUGAAAUUUGCUCUGACAAAAGGAAAAGAUAUCAAUGGAGUGACAAGUAUGAUGAAGUCAGAAUUGGCAGACUUUUUAACUCAGUUUUAUAAAUGUUAUAAACAUUCAGGUGAAGAUGUGAUCGGAAUUCGAGAUGGAUUAUACAAAUUUUUUCAAAAUGAAAAUGGGAUUGAUAUUAUUAAUGACAGGAUUUUUUAUUACGCAAAUAUCGCUUUCGAUAGAUGUCUGACACCUCACCAAAAAAUCGACAUGUUAUCUAGAGUGGAUCCUGUCAAUGGCAAUUACAAGGUUCCAAACUUUACUGGAGUUCCUCAUACCCAUUCUUUGACAGAGACAAAUAGUGCCAGAUCUUCUCCAAUUCCGUCAUUUGUUGGUGUCAAACCUUCCAAGCAGACGAAAAUAUCCUACGAAGCAUUAAAAAGUUUAUAUCUUAGCGAAGCAUUAAAUGGGGACUCACCGGAAUAUAUCCAGAAUAAAGUAUAUUUUGAUAUUAAUUUAUAUGUUAUCAAUCGAGGAAAAGACUGUCUACGUUCAAUGGUUAAAACAGAUUUUGAGAUUGCUACAGAUGAAAAAGGGCAUAGAUAUGUAUGGUUGAAAUAUUCCAAUAAGUUUAGUAUUCGAGAAGUUGGAAACGUGGCUGGGGAUGAGAGAUCUGUGUCGUUUGGAAAUCAGCUCGGUGACAGAAUGUAUGAAAGGCUUGGGGAUCCAAGGUGCCCGGUGAUGUCUUUUAUAAAAUACGUCACACAUCUUCAUCCAAUGACAACAGCAUUUUGGCAGAGACCAAAACGGCAAGUCAAUAAAUCAGAUUAUGUUUGGUUUGACAACACAGCUUUGGGAAAUAGCUCAUUGGGGAAAUUUAUGCAGAAAAUAUGCCUACAAGCUGGAUUAAAAGAUACAUAUACAAACAGCUCCAUAAAACCUGUGUAUAUACCAAUGGUGGAAUCCAUUUGUCAGGAAGCAAUGGGGAUCAAGAAUCCAGAACCAGAAUCAGAGUCCAUAAUGCAGAUGAUUCCCGAGGCUCAGAUUAAGACAGAGAAACCAGAGCACAUGGAACGAGUACCAGACUUGUAUGGUAAUGAUGAUGCCUCUUCAUCUGAUAGUGAAUUUAAAACUGAUAUGGAUGAUCAUGUCUCAACAGAACAAGGAGUUGGUCUUAGGGAAGCUAAAAUGGAAGUUUUGAAUUCAGUCCAGAAAUUAAUGGUGAAAGAUAUUCAGAAGUUUGUUGAUUGGUUGAAAACUGUGAAAGUUAUUAAAAAUGGUGGAGAGUUAAUGGUUCUAUGUAGUCCUGUUGAUAAAGCUACCAUUGAUCCUGAAGUUGAUCAUCAAGACACAAAUAAUGAAAACUCUACAAGCAACGACCUCAAAGGAAACAAAAGCAAUGGAAACAGUCAAGAAGCCAGUAUGGAGAAUGAGAGUUUAGAGAGUCUACAAGGUAUUUCAAUCAAACAGGUUGAUUUCCUGUCCUUAGACUCCACUCAUUGUUCUUGUAAAGAGUUGCUUCCCUUGAAGGUAACCAUCCCAACAAAUGAUUCAAUGCUUCUUUCGGGAAUAACAGACGACACUCAAUUGCUUCUUCAUAGAAAGUGUGGACCAAUCACUGGCUCUGAAAAAUUAAAGGACCGAGUAUUUUAUUCUGAGAAUAAUAUGGAUGUGGCUGAAGUGGCAGCCAUUUUGGGUACACGGAAGAAAAGCUUCACGAUUCAUACGCCUUCAGACUUUCACUCUAGUCUUCCGCCAAGAAAACGGUUGACGGACCCUAUGUUUAAUAUGGAUACGCCAUCACCAAAGAAAUUGUGUAACAUCACAAAUAUAGACGAGGAAGAUGAUGGCGAAAUAAAAUUAGAGACAAAUUUAAAUUGUUUGAAGCCAUCAACGCUGAAAUCUUUGCCACUCCGUCACAAAAAGAAAGUGAGAUUUACUUCUGGAAUGCAGGCGUUCAAAUUGAAGCAAGAACCAGUUGAUACGUAG